ACACACACACUCUCUCUCUCUCUCAGUUCUUCUGUCAUCUCUAAUUCAAUCCAUUAAUGGCCGCAAUUCUCAACAAUUUCUAAAGUUUCAUUACUUAUUCUUCAUCGAAAGGCGUAGGAUUUUUGUUUUUGUGUUGAAAAAAAAUGGCAUCAACGAAUCCUUUUGAUCUUUUGGGUGAUGAUGAUAACGAUGACCCUUCUCAGCUCAUAGCAAAGCUUCCGGUGGCUGUUGCAACCGCUAAGAAAUCUCCGGUUGCUAAGCCGGCAGCCAAGCUUCCUUCCAAACCGCUUCCUCCUUCUCAGGCUGUGCGAGAGGCAAAGACUGAUGGUCAACGUGGAGGAGGGCGAUUUGGUGGAAAUGGAACAGGGAGAGGUGGUCGUGGUGGACGUGGUUUUAAUCGUGAUUCAGUUGAUAAUGAGAAUUCAUAUGGAAAUAACAAUGGGUUUUCCGGAGGGUACAACAGACCUUUGGAAAAUGGAGACGGUGAGAAACCAUCUGAAAGACGUGGACCCCGUUUGGGAAACCGUGGUGGCCGGCGAGGUGGCUACAGUAAUGGAGAUGGCGCUGAAGGUGAACGCCCUAGGAGGGUGUUUGAACGCCGCAGUGGGACUGGUCGUGGAAGCGAGUUUAAGCGUGAAGGUGCAGGUCGUGGCAACUGGGGAACAGCCACCGAUGAGGUUCCCACGGAGACUGAAGAACCUGUUACUGAAACCGAAAAGAUUAUGGAGUCUGAUAAACAAGCAGGACAAGAAGAUGUUGGUGAUGCCAACAAGGAGAAUACUGUAGAGGUGGCAGAGGAGAAAGAGCCCGAGGAGAAGGAAAUGACCCUGGAGGAGUAUGAGAAAGUGCUUGAAGAGAAGAGGAAAGCAUUGGUAGGACUGAAGAAUGAGGAAAGAAAGGUGAGCUUAGACAAAGAUUUGGCAAAAAUGCAGCUGCUUUCCAACAAAAAGACUGAAGAAGACAUCUUUGUUAAACUGGGUUCUGAGAAGGACAAGCGUAAAGAAGCUGCUGACAAAGAAGAAAAGGCAAAGAAGUCUGUAAGCAUCGACGAGUUUCUGAAGCCUGCCGAGGGAGAAAGGUACAAUAACGGUGGAGGACGUGGUGGUAGGGGCCGUGGGCGUGGGUUUAGAGGAGGAUAUGGAGGUGGGAACAUAAUGCACAAUGUGGUUGCACCGUCUAUUGAGGAUGUCGGUCAGUUCCCAUCGUUGAGUGUCAAGUGAGUUAAGGGGUUUUUUAGUCUUUUUGGUUAGUAAUGGUCAAAUUCUUGAAAGACUUGUUAGUAUUUGAUUGAAACUAUUAUCAAUGGUCUUGUAAGAGUGUAAAUCAUUAAGAUACCUUGCUACAUGCCCUUGGGCUUGGCUUUCUUUGAAUUAUGAUUCAGCAUUCUAUACCAUUUUGGUGAAGUCUUAACAAGUC